CUGUAUAAUAAUACAGCCUGCUGCAUUGAUUGAUACAUUUCAUAGAAUUAAUUGUUGAGUAGAAGUGAGUCGUAUGAUAUUAUUAACACAUCUUCUGAUCUGAUUGUCGCCACAUUUUUUGCCCCAUUGGAAUCGGAAUCUCGAGAUCAGUGCAGCAAGUACAUUUCGAACGAAGAUGGUCGUGUUUAUCGUUUCUCGUCUGCAACAUGGAUGUAAGAGAUUGAUUGGUCUCAACCUGCCUCCUCUGACCCCACAACGAGUCACUUUCCCAGCUCGACAACGAAACUAUGCAUCUGUGGCGUUUACCUCGACUUCGAAUGACCAAGAUGAGCUGCUGCUUACUUUCAUUGAGAAAGAGAAGCAGGGAAAAAUUGCCAUAAUGGCCUUCAACCGACCUCAGGCAAAAAACUCUUUUGGGAGAAACGUUGUCGGAAAGUUUAUGGAGUAUGUAGACGUACUUCGAUUCGAAAAGGACGUACGAGCCCUGAUUAUUCGAUCCGUUGUUCCUGGAAUAUUUUGUGCUGGUGCGGAUUUGAAGGAGAGGCUGAAAAUGAAACCGGAAGAGGUUGGACCACUUGUGGCCAAAAUGCGACGAGUUCUUUCAGACAUUGAGAUGUUGCCAAUGCCCGUGAUUGCUGCACUUGAUGGGGCUGCUCUUGGGGGUGGGCUCGAACUCGCUCUAGCAUGUGACUUAAGGGUGGCAUCGACCACAGCAAAAAUGGGUUUAGUGGAAACAAGACUUGCCAUAAUUCCUGGUGCUGGGGGAACUCAAAGAUUAUCUCGCAUCAUCGGUGUGGCCAAGGCGAAAGAAUUGAUAUUCACUGGCAGGAUUGUGGAUGGGUCCGAAGCUAAAGAAAUUGGUUUGGUAAAUCAAGUGGCGGAACAGAAUAAGAAUGGAGAUGGAGCGUAUCUGCGUGCUGUUGAGCUGGCUGAGGAGAUCAUCCCAAAUGGUCCCAUUGGAGUGAGAAUGGCAAAGAUUUCAAUAAGUCGAGGUAAAGAGGUCGACAUUUCUACAGGAUUGGCAAUAGAAGAGGCCUGUUAUGCUCAAGUAAUUCCAACUAAGGAUCGUAUCGAAGGGUUAGUAGCAUUCAAGGAGAAACGACCUCCACAUUAUAAGGGCGAAUAAAAAACAGACCAAAUAAAAUUAAUCUACGUAAAUUCAUCAGUCUAUUCCAUAAUAGUACUAACUACUCUACUCCAUAUGAGGAAUAGAAAAUGAGACUACUGCAAAAUAAUUAAAAAAUGAGAUAUUUUUCUUAAAAACCCAG